AUGGCACCCGAGCUUUUAGCACCGCACCGCCACGUCGCUGCUCCACACGCCGCGAAACCCUCGGCGCCAGUCUAUUGGUGUGCAAGCAUCAGGAACCUUUACACCUCCUCGUACGCCAUGACUGCGCCUUCCCUGCUGAGCCGGAAUGGACACGUGAUCCCUGCUCUGCUGCCACCUGACCCCUCCCUGCCAUCAACACAGACAAACCUGAUACCCGAGCACCGCGAUCAUGGCCCAUUCUCUUGCUUUUUUGUCGUCAUCGUGACUUGGACGGCUUUUGCUGGCUUGACGUGGCAGCGACACAAGACAGCGGAGAGCAGGUGCGGCACUUUGCCCUUUCUGCCCUUUCUGACAACCACUGCCAGCGACGUGGAUGUGGACGUGGACGCAAACGCAGACGCAGACGUAUUGUCCCGCCUAGACCCGCAGAGCCGCACACGCGCGACUUUCUGCAUGUCUUCAGCCAACCACUAA